AAAAUAUGCAAACUAAAUCUUCCCUCCUCGUUUUAUAUUUCACACUAGUUGCAACUGUUUUGUGUGUUUUGACUUGUUCGGCUCAAGCUUCUAUCAACUUGAACGUUCCAAUGAAAACUCAAACUUUUCAGUCAACUUUCAAGUAUCCUAGCGCUCAAGCUGCUUAUCAAGUUUUGAAGACAACUGAAGUUAUGUUCAGUUUGCAACCUUAUGUAUAUUAUGUUCAAAUUAUUUCUCAAACUGAUACCUCUCGUGAAUUAGAUUUUGCUGAGAAAAUCCCAGUCUUCUUUGGUGUUUUCAAUUAUGAUACUGGUAAAUUGAGAGCUGUCCAAGCUUUUGACAAUUCUCAAAGAUCCAUCGUGUCAAAUGUCCCAUUCCCAGGUGGUUUAGGAACUUUGGUUGCUAAUCUUUCAUUCACUGAAUCUGCAGAUGUCGACGAAAAUGGCUUAAAGACAAUUACUUGUAAUGAAAUUGUCAAUGGUCAAGUUUUCUUGCUUGCUAAAUUAUUUGUUGAAGAUAGUGUUAAGAGUGCUCAUACUCAAUUGGUUGCUGAUAUUGCAAAUUAUUUCACUACUCAUCCAGCUAGUGCUUAAAUAAAAAGUUAACAUUUUCCCGCC